AACUUGCACACGAAAAAAAUAUAAGACCUAGCCAAAGUAAGUUUUAAAGCAUAUAUCUGGCAAAAGUGCUUAGAGUUUCAAUAUAUUUUUCGGUGGUAAUUAUAUUUAAUCUCACAUUUUUUACAGUUCCUUUGUCUUCGACUACCGAAAUAACGAAAGUUAAAAAACCUAAGAAGAUAAAGAAAAAAUGUACUUCAAAUAUUGAACCUACAUCACCUGGAAAGAAAAAAUUAUUGGUUAAAUUGAAAAAAUACAAAACUGCGAUGAAAGAUCUUCGGAAAAAAGUAAAACAGAUUGAAAGCAUAUCCUCGCCCGUUUUGAAAAGUCUGAUAGAAUCGACUAUAAAAAAUGAAAAACGUAAAUCAAAAGGGCGUCGCUGGUCAAAAUUGAAUAAAAUUGUAGCACUUGCUCUAUAUAAAAAAUCUCCUAAAGCAUAUAGAUAUUUGAGUCAACUCCUCUCAAUGCCAAGUGUGCGGACGCUACAAACUAUUUUGGAGACUAUGAAAUUAGAACCUGGCAUAGAUCCUAAUAUUAUAACACAUUUAAAAUCAAAUGCUGAAAAAUUGAAAGAAGAUGAUAAAAUAUGUGUCAUACUGUUUGAUGAAAUUGCAUUGAAACGUCGACUCAUAUACAAUAUUUCUGCAGAUAAAAUAGAUGGCUAUGUGGAUUUGGGCAACGAAGGUGGUCGUUCUGCAAAAAUUGCAGACCACGCUCUCGUGUUUAUGCUUCAAGGCAUACGAAAAAAAAUGAAGCAGCCUAUCGCACAUUACUUCGUGAGUGGGACUAUUGAAACAGAAAAAUUAUGUGUCAUUAUCAAAACGGUUAUAAGAAUGAUGACUGCAUCUGGUUACAAAAUUAUAGCUACCGUUUGCGAUCAAGGACCUACCAACGUAGGAGCACUAAAUUUAUUGAAAAAGUUCUCUCCGGUCUCAGUAGAGUCAAAUUAUUUUUUAUUAGAUAAUGAAAAAGUAUUCAUAAUAUACGAUGUCCCACACCUUUUCAAGUCCAUCCGAAACAAUUUCCUGCAAGCCGGUGAAUUGCUUAUGGAUGGCAAAACUGCUAAAUGGCAACACCUUAUAAAUCUGGAGGAGAAGAACCGGACGACCUUGCACUUUAAGAAAAUAACAAAAUUACACGUGGCCCCAAAGUACAGGUCAAAAAUGAGGGUAAAGUUGGCUGCCCAAAUAUUAAGCAAUACGGUGGCUGCCGUAUUAAAAUUACAAGCUGAGAGUAUUCAAAAUAAACAAGAAAGUGUCGCAAUUUUACAAACAGCUGAAGUUGUGGAACUGUUGGAUCGCCUGUUUGAUGCCACGAACGGACCAGCAUCUAACAAAGACAUUAAAAAAAACUACAGACAAAAUGUUUCUAAAAAUAGUUUCCAUCAUCAAUUUUGGCAAGAUUGUAAACAAAAAUUAAAAACCCUACAGUUUCUGAAGUCCGACAGCCAAAUAAGACUGCGAAAUGACAACAAUGAAAUCUUAUUUGAUUUUCAAGAGGUGGUUUUUUCUAACCAAUCUGUAAAAGUAAGAUCUACAGAUGACAUCGCCGCGCCGACCACAAGUUUCGAAGAUAAUGAUCAUCCGGUCCUGCAUAUCCCUGAAAUAGAAAAUUUGGAGGAUCAGGAUGAAGAAAUAAAGGAAAUGAUCGAAACAUUUAUGGACAAACAAGACCAAGAAUUCAAAAAAUAUGCGAAGACUUUAAAAGAAACACAGCAGACAAACGCAAAUAUUGAACAUUCAUUGGCAUUUCUGACUGAGCAGAAUGACGUUUUAAAGCGGAAAAUUGAGAGUCUUGAAGUGCAGAUGAAGGAAGAUAAGAAAUACAUUUCAAUUUUAGAAGAUAAAAUUGAAAACAUGCAGAUGGACAGCCGGAAAUCUAAUUUUGAAAUUAAAAGUGUUCCUAAAAAAGACAUGGAAACCAAGGAAGAUUUAAUAGAUAUGGUUUUAAAUCUGUCAGCAAACAUUGGAGGUCAACUGAAAAAGGAAGACAUUAAAGACAUCUAUAGGGUGGCGGCACAUAUAUGA